CGGUUUGUCAGCUGCGAAGACUGCGAAAGGCGCGAAGAUUUUCGUGAAGGAUUCUUCUGUAUAUUUUUUUUGUAGGAUAUAUUAUUAUGGCCACAAAAAGUAGAACGUAUGGAAGGGGAAUUCUGCGCUUUAAUUCGUGGGAAACAUGCAGACGUCCAGGACAGCUACACAACUCGCAUGGUGCUCGUAAAUGCGAAGAAUCAGCUUCAGGCAUGCCGCGUGUUGAAAAUGGCAGUCAAAACCACGAGCAGAACGGCGGCGUAAAGUCAACGAACCUGAAUGAAACAACGGGAUCUUCGGAGAAGAAUACUGUGGGUAAGCUUGACAUUUCACGGAAGACAUUUUUCAUUUGAUAUCAUCCGCACAGUGAGAUGACUUGGAUCUCAAUGGGUAACCUGUGUCAGUUCUCACAGGAAGACCACUCCACUCCGAUUUGUUUUUGUUCAAAUUGUUGACACUGAAAUUGCUGUUAAAAUAAUAGGUGAAUUGUUCAAUAUGUAUUUAUGUACCGCACAGUUAAAUCUUACACAUUUCUGAGGAAAAAGGCUAGACCCUUGUUGUCCUCUUGAUCAUAUAAUCAAUUCAAAAGAAAUUUUGCAAAACUAUGACAAGGGAAUAAACAAGCAACUACUGAAGACAGAAGAGGAGAGGUUAGGUUUAGACUGUAUGCCAUAUACAGAACCCUUGGGGUGAGUACUGCAGAAUCCAAUCUUGGGCACAGAAGUGGAGUCACCGAGGGAAUCAGUACAUACCCAUUCUGAGCUUGGCAAAAAUCCGCAGGGGAAAUACCCCCAGAUGGCUAUUUUUAAUAGGGGCACGUGAUAGAUUUCUACCCCCUCAAAAUUUAAAGAGUCGAAAAGCCCUGGGGACGAGGUUGUUAUAAUCUCAUCAUCUUAAAUCCAAAUUUAAGAUGGGAGUGGCCUGUGUUGGAGACGUAAUUUAACCUUGGUUAAGAACGUAUGUGAAGCAGUGCUGAGAUCCUUGUUCUGCGAUGCCAAUGGACUUGAUGAAUAACUGGAAGUGUGUUUCAAAUUACCUUCCAUAUUGAUUGGCAUAUCGACAAUGGCUUUUUUAACAGGCCAAUUGUGGUGUGUACUCAAAUCCUGGUACACAGGUUAGGUCUCUGAACAAGGAUUUUGGUGCUGUUUCACACACAGAGUUUAGUUUUGUCUGUGGCGCAGGCUAAGAUGCAAGGUGCUUGUCAAUUUGAAUCAACUUUUAUAACUUUUUUCUUUUAGCACCCGGAGUACCAACUGUGCCAAAACAGACCAAUGAUAAACCUGUUAGACUUUUGGCCAAGUACAGUUAUAAAGGAAACCCAGACAGACCAGGUGGAUUUGAUGAGUUAACAGUUACACAAGGAGAGAAGCUAGAAUUUUGUAGAGCUCACCCUAAAAACCCACAUUGGUGGGAAGCAAAAAAUACAAAUGGCAACGUAGGAUUUAUACCUGCUACCUACAUGAUGGUAUGUUAGUGAGUCUUGAACCUGAGGCCUGGGGAACUUUUUUGGUCUAAAAAUAAGGGGGGGCAGGCCCCACCCCUGGAUCUGCCACUGGAGCAUGAACAGGGAAUGAUGGAAGGGAAAAAGGGAGAGAGGUCUUUUUCUAACCUUCCCAGCACUCCUUUCACUGCCACUUUUGUUUAUAAUUAACUCAGAUAUCCCCCAAAAAGUGAUCGCAAGAGACUGGGGACGAGGCAGGUGCAUGUCAGCAGUGAUGAGGAAGCCUGAUUGAUCGUCAUUUUUACAGUCUGUUGACUUAAAAAUACGCUGUACCAGGGACUAAAAGACCAGGGGGUGGAAUCACUGGUUACCAUACAAAUAACCUACCCUCUGUUUUUAAGCAUCUAUCCAACAACCAAUCAAUUCAUUAAUCAAUUAAUUUUCAUAGAAUUGCCAUUAACACGAAACACUGUGCUCUAAGAAAAAUUGAAGGGAGCCCAGUACAUCCAGGGUGCCCGGCAUACGAUUUCUAACAAAAUCUUAGAUCUUCUAUCUUCUGGGAGCAAAAGUUAGGCACCAGGGGGCCGCCAGGCACUGCUAGAGCACAGCCUUGUGCAAUCUUAAUGGAAUAAAAAUAAUGGUUGAUUUGACUUAGAAAAUUACUGAUGUUAAAUACAAUGCAAUUUAUUAGGAAAGAAAAUUUUGUCUGUAUGAUUUUUCGCUGGUAGGUCCUUGAAGACAAAAUUUCGGCUUUGCCUUGGCUUGAAGACAAAAAACAACAAUUGACUGAAGAGGAAGAAGAGAAAAAUAAAACUCUAGGAACAUUUGGUCAACCUCCGAUCAAGCCUUAUGUCUCAGGUGAGAAAAUCAAUUUAUUAUAAAUAACAGCUGCCAAAUGCCUAGCCCAAGAAAAUUCCAUACGGAUUAUGUGAUAGUGGUUCUUUGGUGGUUGAGUGAGGAAAAUUUCCUUCAACCAUGCGGAAGCACUACCAAAACAUAUCGUAGGUAGUGACUUGUCACUAGUAUGCAGUUCCUGCAGUUGUUCCUCAGAUGUCAAGUAGGGACUUUAAGAUCCAAUGAUGCGACGGCAACAAUAACAUAGCUUAAACGUGAAUUUUUGUUCUUUCAGUCUUUCUUGCAAUUAUUCCUAUCCACUUAUUUUGUCAAAUGUAGGCAAAUGCUCCUUAAGUUGAAUUCCAAGGGACCAUGUCCAAGUUCUGAGAGAGAAUUAAAAUUUCUUCGUUGCUUGUUUACGUUCUCCAUAAAACGCGGAAUUUCGGCAUUUUCACGUUGUAGUCAUGCAGUGAUGACAAAGAAAUAUACAAAAAAGCAUGAUGCACAUGCAAAGGUGUUGUUUUGCUUUAGUUAUUAAACCUACUUUUUUUUUGACGUUCUCGUUGCGGUCGUGUCAUUGGAUCUUAAAGUCCCUAAUUUGUGAGGAAACCAUUAUAUUCACCUUUUGUAUCUCAGCUUGUAUGCUGAUAGCCUGAGAAAACAGCCGACAUUUGGCAACACUACCACCGGUUUCCCUGCCAAAGUAAUGGCAUCUGAGAAAUGAGUGCAGAAAUUCCAUUAACUGAUUAUGGGUCACUACCCAGAUCUGGGUAGUGCUUCUGAUUGCUCGAAUCAAAUUUUCCACGCGGCGUGACUAAUCAGAAGCACUACCCAGAUCUGAGUAGUGACGCAUCAUUAGUAUGGAAUUUCUGCCCUUGUUUCUCAGACGUCAUUUGGUGUGGAAACCAGCAGGGGUAGCAUGGCCAAAUGUCAGCUGUUUUCUCAGGCUAGUAUGCUGACCCUUGUGACACUUUCUGCUCUUUUCAGCCAAGCUGUGAUGCUUAAGAAAAUGGUUUGAUUAAUUUUUUGUGUUUUCUCUUUAACAGCAUAUGGAAACAACACAACAAAAGACAAUGCAAGCGAAAACUUCUUCUGUGAUGUUUGCAGCAAGAAGCUGAACGGACCUAUUCCUUAUAAAAUGCAUUUAAACAGCAAAGCACAUAAGGAGGAAGUUGCAUUGAGAGAAGAGUUUGGCUAUUGA